CAUGAUUGCUUUAUAUAACCCCCUCAACCUCUAAUCCUCCAAAAACUCAAACUUGAUCACUUUCAAUCAACAAUCUUCAAAACCCAUCAAGAUCUUCCAAAUGGGUAAAAUCUUACACCUUCUUUUUUGCAUAUUAAUAUCAAACAUAAUCAUAUCUUCAGCUCAAGACUGCCGAUCAUACACCUUCACAAACAACGCAAUAUACGCCACAUGUGUCAGUUUACCGGUUCAAAACUCUCAUCUCCACUGGAACUAUCAUUCCACCAAUGGAACAGUUGAUCUUGCUUACCGCCAUACCGGUGUUUCGACGUCAAACUGGGUAGCAUGGGCUUUGAACGUUAAUGGAAAUGGUAUGGUUGGGGCUCAAGCUCUUGUUGCUUUAGUUCACUCAAACGGGUCGGUUCAGCCUUAUACUUCUGCGGUUAGCGGAUAUGGUACCGCCUUGCAACCGAGCUCGUUGAGCUUUGAUGUGCCGGUUAUUAGGGCGGAGAUAGUUAAUGGUGAUGUGGUGAUUUAUGCUACUUUGGUUUUGCCUAGUGGGGGGACCAGUUUUAAUCAGGUUUGGCAGAUGGGUCCGGUUUCGAAUGGAGCUCCGGGUGCUCAUCCGUUGGGUUCGGAGAAUAGGAAUUCGGUUGGGACGGUAGAUUUUGUUUCGGGUCAGACUGGUGCGGGUGGCGGAGUUGGUGGAUCACUGCUUCAUCGGAGAAAUACUCAUGGAGUAUUGAACGCGGUUAGUUGGGGGAUAUUGAUGCCGAUGGGAGCUAUGGUUGCAAGAUACUUGAGGGUGUUUAAAGUGGCUCAUCCUGCUUGGUUUUACAUCCAUGUUGCUAUCCAAGCCACGGCCUAUGGUGUCGGUGUUGCCGGAUGGGGAACCGGACUCAAGCUCGGGAGUGACUCCGAGGGUAUCAAGUACACGACUCAUCGCAACAUCGGAAUUACCCUUUUUGCCUUCGGAACCUUACAGGUAUUUGCAUUGCUUUUGAGGCCGAAGCCCGAUAACAAAUACAGGAUAUACUGGAACAUCUACCACGCGAGUAUAGGCUACGCCACAAUCUCCCUUGGAAUCACUAACGUCUUCAAAGGACUCGAUAUCUUGGACCCCGAGAAGAAAUGGAAGCAUGCAUACAUCGGUGUGCUUAUAUCUUUGGCAGCUAUCGCAGCCCUUUUGGAAGCUUUUACAUGGUUCAUCGUUUUAAAGAGAAAGAAGGAAGAGAAGCAACAGGAACCUAACGGUGCUUAUGGAUCCAACGGUUAUGGCAACGGUCACAGCCAGGCGGCAUAGACGUUUUCUGAUCUAUAGUUGGUAGAUCAUGUUUAUAUGUUUUUGUUGAGGUUGAUUAUUUUUUAGGUAGGAGUUAUAUUCUUUGUUCUCAUUUGUAUUCAAUAUAUGGGUUGUAUUUUUUUUUUUUUCUUUUUGUUUUCUUAUAUAAUAUAUAUACAUGUUUGUUUUUAAAA